GAGAAGACGAGUAGAAAUGGCACCUCGCAAGGGGAAGGAAAAGAAGGAAGAACAGGUUAUCAGCCUUGGCCCUCAGGUGGCCGAAGGAGAAAAUGUAUUUGGUGUGUGCCACAUUUUUGCAUCCUUCAAUGACACUUUCGUCCAUGUCACCGAUCUUUCUGGCAAGGAAACCAUCUGCCGUGUAACUGGUGGGACGAAGGUGAAGGCUGACCGAGAUGAGUCAUCUCCAUAUGCUGCCAUGUUGGCUGCCCAGGAUGUAGCCCAGAGGUGCAAGGAGAUGGGCAUCACUGCCCUCCACAUCAAACUCCGGGCCACAGGAGGAAAUAGGACGAAGACUCCUGGACCAGGUGCCCAGUCAGCCCUCAGAGCCCUCGCCCGGUCAGGAAUGAAGAUUGGGCGGAUUGAGGAUGUCACCCCCAUCCCCUCCGACAGCACCCGCAGGAAGGGGGGUCGCCGUGGUCGCCAUCUGUGAACAGGACUCCUCAAAUUAUUGUUUUCUGUUAAUAAAUUGUGCCUUGAUGUAAAA